UCCCGAGUCAGACUCGUUUUUGAGAAUGAAGCUGAUUGAGAAGACGACGAUGAACAAGUUUAUGACUUUAGAGGAGGAAGAUGGAGGCAAGAUCUUCAGGACGAUCGAAGUAGCUACGGUUGACUGGAGCAACGUAUCUCCGCCACAUUCGCCUGGUGAUUCUGCUACACCAUUGGUAGACGAGGUUUCCGGCGACGAGCUUAACCUGAUACCGCCGAUGACUUUCGUGAUGGUCGAUAAUGUUGUUUUCUGGUAUGGAUUCCUGGACUCGGCCAACUUCUCCUUCCUCAAAACUCUCGGUCUCCGCUCAAUCAUCUCGUGGUGGGUGGAGCAGACGGCGCGGAGGAGGAUUGGAGGAGAAGUCUCUGGAGAGAUGUGUUUGAGAGGCUCGAUUUGAGUGAGAUAGAUGAAGAUGAUGGAGAAGAAAGAGAGACAAGAAUUUGGACGGAUCAAGAUCUGCUCUCCGCCAACCCUUUACUGUUGAUGUGGUGUAGAUCUGAUCUGGUUAAGGUGGAGGCGGUAGCUAAUCGAGUUUGAGAGAGGCAUUUGUUACACAAAGACAACGCAAAAGGAGGAUAUGGGGAGGAAGAUGAAAAGAGAAGAAGACGGUUCAAACUGGAUUUGGAAGAUAAGAAACGGUUCGAGUUAUGCGAUAUUUCCGGCAAGACAAAGAAGUUGCAGCUAUAGUUCCAGUUCAAGUUGCAGAAGCAGAAAUUUCUUUAGCUUCAAAUCCAGCGAAAGAGGAAGAAACAGUCCAAUUCUUGAAGAUUUUGGUCGUGGAAGCAGAAGAAAAAGCUUCAAAAUUCCAGGAGGUAGAUUCGUUUUAUGAAUUUCUUAUAUGUUACUUUCAUGAUUCAAUUGUUCUUGCAUUGCUGGCUGAUGGGAAUCACAAAUUCGUUUAUAAUGAACAUGUAAAUUUGCCUUUUUUUUCAUAAUUGAUUCAUGGAUGUUGUUAACUGGUCUUGUUAAUGAUGAUUUAGGAGGGAAAAAAUCACAAUUUCACAAUCUUUCGAGUUGAAUGACGGUUAAUUUGCAGUGUAAGCUUACUUUGUAGAAGUAAGCUCCCUUUUUGGGCCAUCAAUUUAGUUUUAUGUUAAUUUCUGGAUCUAGAGAUGUGAAGAUAUUGGUUUACUGAUUGAUGCAAGUUUCGUUUGACUAAGCUUUUUUGGUCGGAGAGGUUACCAAGAUGGGGAGAAGCUAGCGUAAGAAGGAGAAGAGUCUUGAAGUUAUAUGGCAGGGAUAUAUCCAAACGUUUUAGGUAGACUUUCUUAUGUAUUAGGAAAUCUUUCCUAUAUUGGUAGUCAAUAUGAUGUAAAGUGAACUCAUGGGAUGAUAACUCAUAUGCUAUAACUUGUGUUUGUG